AUGGCAAUAAUCGGCACUCGCUUGUUUGGUAGGACCGAUCGAGUUCCCGGUUUGUUCUACGUUGCAACCAAAUUCUGGCAUGUCUGUUACAUUCCGCUCUAUCCAGUGUCGACCUAUCUCAUCAUGGAAGUCAAAGUUUUGGGGUAUCGGGCCAUCAACAUUCCGACUAGCCCAACUUCACUGCUUCUUGCAUGGAUUCGGGCAUUGGGAUGGCUGCUUUCUUUUAGCUUUAUCGUCUUGAUGAUUCUACACCUGCCAUCCUCAGAUGGCAAUAAUAAGGGCACGAAGGACUCUGGUGAAAUGGAAAAUGAGGCGUUUGCCUUCUUUCUGGCUUGUUUCUUCGCGUCCAGUGGUUUUGCACUUUUCCUGCAGACUCAUAGCGGUCUGAAGAAUGCUAGCUACGAACGUGCCACCGAAAUUUGCUCUACCUUCAUUCCAACAAGAAGGAGAGGUCGUCAAGGCGUUCAGUUUGUGAUAGAUAAACGAUUCGGAAUGGACAAGGAAUCCAAAAAGAGUUGCCAUGGCAUUGAUCAUAUGGAGAUGGCCAUUCUAUCAUCCAAUAAAGUUUUGCCAUCCAACAAUAAUACUGAUGAUACUUGUGACGGUCUAUCAUCCAGUGCUAGUGAUGUACGAUUCGCCAAUGUCCGGGGCGACGAGGAGGAGGAUCCUUGUUUGCAGGAAGGAACCGACGAGCUUAUUACACAGGAAAAAGGAGACCAUCCGUCCAACUCUACUUUGCCUACCGCAAUAGUGCUGGAACAAAUGUAA